UUCUUCACCUUCUCCACCCAAACACAACAACAGCAACCAACACCUCUUCCCCUCAUCCAUUCAAUUCAAAUCCUCAAAUGGGGAAUGCAGUGGUCACUCCCUGCUUUCAUCAAGGCAAAAGACUAUCAUCAUCGUCCUCGUCAUCGUCGUUGUUGCCGUCGUCGCCUGUGAAGCUUAUCUUCUGGGAAGGCAGCACAAGAAUCCUCAACGGUGAUGAGCACGUGGCCGGAGAGAUCAUGUUCGAGUUCCCGGACACCAUGGUUUGCCAUGCAGACUCCUUCUUCAUCGGACACCCUAUCCCUUUGUUAUCCUUAGAUGAUGAUCUCAACCCGGGACAAGCCUACUUUGUUCUCCCCGUUAACAGUUUCUCAGCUUGCAAAACCCUAUCCGUGUCUUCACUCUUAUCUCUGGGAUCACACCAUCAAAAUGGUAAAAAUAGCAAUUUCAAAUUUGGAGAGUCUUGCCCUUUUGAGUACUUGAAGGAUGCUAGUGGGAGGGUAUUGAUCAAGGUCAUGCCGGAGUUUAUUACAAGGCUAAUCAAUGGAGGUAAUAAAGGGGGUGGUGGUGGUGGUUGUUGCUCCGUCGACAGCGGCAACAACAACUUCCUUUGCAGCACUCCUGAGUUGAAGAAACAUUAUCAACAGCUUGUGAGGUCUAAGGAUCAGGUGUGGUCGCCAAAGCUUGAGACUAUUUCGGAGUACAAGGCUAGGUUUUCACCGGGCAGAUUUAUUGGCUUGGAACGGAAACAAAAGGAAAAGGCAGGGGCUGUGGUGGCUAGAUAGUUUAAUAUAUAAAAUUUUGGAGUGGGUUUGCACUUGGAAUUUGUAAACUGAUAGAUCGUCGUGUAUACACAUUAGUUGAUAGUAUAAGCUCAUCUUUGGUCAGGAUCAAUUUUGAAAUUCAGAAACUACUCAUAAAAGUUUCUCUUCAAAAUUCAUUCUACCUUCUCAUGAAUCAAUUAUAGAAAUGGAAGUGUUUUCAAACA